UCCUACAUGUCAGAGUUACCUGGCAAAAACCCCGCAAUGCCACCGGAACCGGAACCACGUUCUAGGGUUCAACCAGCGAAGUCGCCGCCGACGUAUUCUGGCGUAGAGACUUUGAGAAUCUACUGGCUCCCUAUAACGCUCUUCGCAGCUUCGCUCUGUUUUCAGCUCCUCGUUGUUCCCCACUUUUUCCCUUCUUCCCAUUACGACGUUUUGGGGAUCAAACGGUAUAGCUCGAUUGAAGAAGUAACUAAAGCAUACGAAAAGCUAUCCUCCAAGUGGAGCUCAGGUGUGGAUGCUGAUUCCACGGACAGUUUCAUCAAGGUUCGGUAUGCAUUUGAGCUGUUGACAAAUCAGAUAUGGAAAAGAGAUUAUGACCUAUUUGGUAUUGAUGAGCAGUUUGAUGUAACUGAAAGGGCAAAGGUGCAAGAAAAUUGGACAAGCAUAUCUGAAAUCCGCCUUCCUCUGAUUGCACCUGUUUCUUUUGAACUGAAAGAUUACGAUUAUAGUCUCAUUAACCCCGACAAGUUUGUGUCCAUGCAUGAGAGUAACAAAGCAUUUCUUGUUCAGAUUUUUUCCUUUGGGAGUGGACAAUGCAAUCAGUUUUUACCCAAGUGGAAGAGAAUUGUUGAAUUGCUAGAUGGAGUUGCUAAUACUGGACUGGUUGAACUUGGUGAUACUCAGCUUGCAACAUAUCUAGCAGAGAAGAAACCUAGUGGCCAACCUUUUCUGAGAUAUGGAGUUCCUGCACUUCUGGCUUUCCCCCCAGGCUGUAAGAGUUUGAAAUGUCUUCAUAGGUAUGAAGGACAGCUAUCUGUUGAUGCGGUUACGGAUUGGGUUGCAACAUUCAUUCUUAACUUGCCACGUAUCCCAUAUUACUGGAAAGAAUCAUUGGCACAAAAGUUUCUUGCAAACACCAAACCACAUAAGGUCAAGGUUAUCUUUUUCUCAAAGACAGGAGAACGUGCUUCCCCAAUUAUUCGCCAUGCAGCUAAAAGCUACUUAGCUUUUGCUGAUUUUGCAUUUGUAUAUUGGCAGGAAAGCGAAUCUUCUUUAUGGUUGAAUAUGUAUGCAGAUUCAUCUGAUUAGCCUUUGCCGCAUUUUGUCUGCUAGUAGUGAAAACUGUACACCUGAUAAGAUUUCCUAUGUGUUUUUUAAAACUUUGUAUUGCCCAUAGAAAACAAAGGAAGUAUGUAAAGAAUGGAAAAGAAAGCGUUUCUUGACCUAAACAUCUUUAAUGGAAAUGUAGUAGGAUACUAAGAUGACUUUUUUUCUAAUAAUAGGUUUGGGGUAGAGUCUGCUCCUGGCUUGGUUUUCCUGAAGGAAGCUGGGGUUACACCAGUUGUUUACCAUGGCUAUAUCAAUAAUUCAAUGUUUGCCGAUAUUCUGGAGAAGAAUAAACAUCAAGGUAUUAU